AUGGUCAUACACCCACUAAAGUGCUUAAUUCAAUUAUCCAAAUCGUUCAAGCCUUUUCCUAGUACUUCGUCUAAUCUAAAAUCUAGUCUAACUCCUCCUCCUUCUCCUUCUCCAUUCAAGCUCACUAGAUCGCACAAGUUUUCACUCAAAAACACUCGCAGUAGACCCACAAAUGCCCAAUUACGCUCUCUUUUAGACACUUUACCUAGUAACUUGUGCGUACAUUCAAAUCAUGAUCCUUAUGUUCGAGCCGUCGUUGAAUUACUCAAUCGUAAACACUUUAGCGCUGCUUUGCGUUUCUUUAAGUAUUCCAUUCAUCCAAACGUUAGCAAAGGUGGGAGGAAUAUUUGCUACGCUCCAAGGACUCUCGUAACUAUCAUUUCUGCCGUCGUUGCGGCUAAAGUUGAUUGUCAAGGUACAGAUUUAGAACAGCUUAACAAGCUAGCUCAGCAUUUACACCACAGCCUUCGUUGUUAUACUGAGGAAUGGAGCGAGAACAUUAAUUCUCCCUACCCACAUGCUAUUUCACGCGUUUAUGAGCUGCUUCAGCGUUACGAUAUCGAAUCUACCCCUAGUUUGUUAGCUGAACAACAACUACUCAAUGUUGAUCGCACUCAUGGUACCCAUAUACACCUCAUACGAUCACUAAUACAUGAGUACAAAUCUGUUGCAUCAGAUAAGGAAAGUGUUCUAGUCGAUAUCACAGCCAUACUAUCGCUAAUCUCUCAAACUUACAUCAAAUUAGAUAGGAAGUUUCUUAGUUUUAUAUCCUCCGCUUUCCUACAGUUGGGACAAGACAAAGCAGCAAUAACAGAUCGUUUGCGACAACUAGCAGAAUGCGACACAAUAGAAAACACCAAGAAAUUAUUAACAAUAGUAGAGAAUAUAGAAAAAGGAUCUAAAUCAGCAUCAGCAUCGUUAUCAUCAUCCACGUUACUCAAAUCCUUUAAAUUGAAAGGCACAACUUCAUCUGUAGACUACAAGACGCAUAGAGCAAAAGUCAUGAGACGACUUGAGAUGAGUGAGGACAACACCCAUCUACAUACCAAUACUAGCAAUCUACAUCACUUAAUUAGACUAUCACUUACGAAUAAUCAACGCAAAGUAGCAUUUAAGCAGGCUCAUAUGCAUUUUACGGGUUUGCUUAAGUUGUAUGAAAGUAAAAGAACACCAAUGUCAUUCCAGCCCGAAUCUAAGCCAAUCGUAGCCCAGAUUAGGGCUAGGAAUAUACGCCGACGCGUAUUUCUAUCAGCGAUGAGUAUCUUCCAAACAGCAAUCUACUGCAAUUUUUACAUAGGGUUCCGCUAUGCCGUGCGCGCGUAUAUAGAUAUCGCGAAUGCGGGUGUAAUGCAACAAGCCAACACACACGAAUACGAGCACCUACAGCGAUUAUUUUGGAAAACGAAUCAACACUCCCCUCAUUGGAAUGGACGAGUGGGUCUGAGUAGAAUGCUCAAGCUGUACAAGCAAGCGUGGUGCAAAAGGAGUAUACACGAUAAUGGCGAUAUAUGGCGCAAGAAUUUGCGCAAGAAUGAGAAAAUGAUUAUGGAACUCUGCGUUAGGUACAUGUCGGCUGAUAUUAAUGCGCAGAAUCGCAUCAAUGCUAUCAAACUUGUUCUAGAGACUUUUGAAGCACUCGGUUGUUCUGUCCGAGAAGAGCUGUUGGCUAAGGUUAUUCAGAGGUCUGACUUGAGCAGCAAAGAGCAGCUGGCUCGCAUCAUCAAGGCGUUGAAUGAAUUUGCGGUGAAUAAAAUGAAGCAGCAGCGUUGA